GACAGUGAAUGAUAGAGUGCGAGAGUGAGAACCUGAGGAAAGGCAGAGAUUUAGAAAAAAUUAUGAUAUUAUUUCUGGUUCCAGUGUUUUCUCGCUGCCGGCAUCCUACUUUAUUCCGUUAAACGAAAAAAUUGAAUCUAGUAACGAAUGGUGAUGCAUUUCUCAACAACAUUAGUGUUAUGUAGUCUUUAAAAUCGACCCUGCUUCAGGUUUCUUUUCUUUUCUUUUCUUUUCUUUUACUGGUUAGCAUAAGGAAUACGUGACAGGUAUCGUUGUAACGGAGCGAGCGCGUUAACGGCACCCGCAUCUACGGACACACACGCGUUUAAAGGUGAGAGGCUCGGAGCAGACGGCUUGUCCACAUCACUAACACGAGUCUGCAGACCAAGUCUGUCGGCAAGGAAACGGAUAACCAACGAUGCAAUGAUCGUGACAACAUGAAAAAGAAAAAGUGUGGAGAAAUAUUCCGUCGCUCCCGUCCACACCACGCCUGAGCGGGGAGACCGAGACCGGGAGAGAGAGUCUAGGAGGAGACCACGCCCACACCCGCUGGAGUUCCCUGGUUGCCAUGGAUCCCCCUCCCUCUUUGAGUUUGGCCCUUCUUGCCGGGAGUGAGGAAGAAGACCCGGGCGCUCCCCUCCCCCUGAGUGGUAUUUCCCACACCUCCCUUACUGGCAACUACCCCGGCAACAACCACUCCAACCACACAGGGGGGAACAGCAGCCUGGAGCGACUCAGCAGCACUCCGUCACCCACCGGGCCAGGCCUGCCCCCGGCACCGCUGCCUAAGCUGCCGCUGGCCACAACACCUCAGCUGCCAGCGCCGAUCCCCAACGCGCUGCACCCCACCAGCACACCCCUGUCGUCCUGCUUGGGCAGCCAGCACAGCCUGAGCGGGGACACCUCCCCCGUGUACAACGCCCUCUUCUACUCCUCGCACUCGCCGUCGGCCGAGCGGGAACGCGAGCGCGGCUGCAAGCACCGGCAGGCCAGCCCGCUCGUCCACCGCCGUGACAGCAACCCCUUCACGGAGAUCGCCAUGAGCUCGUGCAAGUACAGUGGCGGCGUGAUGAAGCCGCUCAGCCGUCUCAGUGCCUCCCGCCGCAACCUCAUCGAGUCUGACAGCGGCAGCGACACCAAGGAGGGCGGGGCUAACGCCGCCGGUCCCAGCCCGGCUCCGCCCUCCUCGCUGCACGGCCAGCCACAGAACCCACCUGAGAUCGUAAUCUCCUCCAAAGAGGACCCCCCUUACGGACACGUGUACGAGCUGGAGCCUUCGGCCAACCAGAUGUCUAUCUACCACCAGAACCACACCCUCUCUGAGAGCAGGGGCGCUCUGGGCUUGACUGGGAGCGGAAGCAACAGCCGGCGUGGCGGGACAGCCGGAGCAACUGGGAGGACGGCCUCCAAAGCUCCCAAGCGUAAGAACCAGAACAUCGGCUACAAACUCGGACACCGGAGGGCGCUAUUCGAGAAGCGAAAGAGACUCAGUGACUACGCGCUCAUCUUUGGCAUGUUUGGCAUCGUUGUCAUGGUGAUUGAGACAGAGUUGUCCUGGGGUGUCUAUAGUAAGAGCUCCAUGUAUUCUUUGGCACUGAAGUGUCUCAUCACGCUCUCUACUAUUAUCCUCCUUGGCCUCAUCAUCGCUUACCAUGCUCGAGAGGUGCAGCUCUUUGUCAUCGACAACGGGGCGGACGACUGGCGCAUCGCCAUGACGAUGGAGCGGGUGCUACUGAUCGCGCUGGAGCUGCUGGUGUCGGCCGUGCACCCGGUGCCCGGCGACUUUAAGUUCGUGUGGCGGGCGCGCCUCGCCUUCACCUACGUUCCCUCGCAGGCGGAGGCGGACCUGGACAUGGUGCUGUCGGUACCCAUGUUUCUCAGACUCUACCUCAUCGCCCGCGUCAUGCUGCUCCACAGUAAGCUGUUCACGGACGCCUCGUCACGGAGCAUAGGAGCCCUCAACAAGGUGCACUUUAACACGCGCUUCGUGAUGAAGACCCUGAUGACUAUCUGUCCAGGCACAGUGCUGCUAGUCUUCAGUAUUUCCCUCUGGAUCAUUGCGGCCUGGACUGUACGAGUGUGUGAGAGGUAUCAUGACGCACAGGAUGUGACCAGCAACUUCCUGGGAGCCAUGUGGCUCAUCUCUAUCACCUUCCUGUCCAUUGGCUACGGAGACAUGGUGCCUCACACCUACUGUGGCAAAGGAGUGUGUCUGCUGACCGGCAUUAUGGGGGCAGGUUGCACAGCCCUGGUUGUUGCCGUGGUAGCAAGGAAGCUGGAGCUGACCAAGGCUGAGAAGCAUGUGCAUAACUUCAUGAUGGACACCCAGCUCACUAAACGGAUAAAGAACGCGGCCGCCAACGUCCUGCGGGAGACCUGGCUGAUCUACAAACACACCAAGCUGAUGAAGAAGAUCGAUCACUCGCGCGUCCGCAAGCACCAGCGGAAGUUCCUGCAGGCCAUCCACCAGCUGCGAAGUGUAAAAAUGGAGCAAAGGAAGCUUAGUGACCAGGCCAACACACUGGUGGAUCUGUCAAAGAUGCAGAGUGUGAUGUACGAGCUCAUGUCCGAGCUGAACGACCGCAGCGAGGACCUGGAGCGUCAGAUGCUGAGCCUGGAGCAGCGUGUGGAGCAGCUCACGGCGGGUUUCAGCGCGCUGCCCGCGCACCUGUCAGCCACACUCAACGCCCAGCACGCCGCGCUCAUGCACCUACUGCAGGAGCGCGAUGCCAAGGCGCUCAGCCCUGCCGUGCCCGCCCUCCUCACGCCGGGCCCCGCCCCCGUCCCCGCCCCAACCUCCACCGCUGCGGCCGGGCAGCCCCCGGAGGACGGCCCCAACGCCGGCCCCUCCGGCUGCUGA